GAUUGUCUAGUUAUCCAAAAAAUAUUUAUGGCCGAUAACAAUUAAAAAACAAAGAGAAAAGACGACAACCAGGAUAGUCUGAGAAUAUAUGACAUGCAAGUGGGAGAAAGAAAAAAAAACGUAUUCAAUUUCCUUUCUUGCUGGUUAUCUUUCAAAAAUGUGAUUCUCGUUUUCACCAUGAAAAAUGAUUUCCACAGUUACAAUCCCAAAGUCUCACUUCCAAAAAUCUUUUUUUUGUGGAUUUUCUAUGUUUAUCCACCAAAACCCAAUAUCUCCUAAACUCUGCUAAGACUAAUGGAGUCCUGCCUGUGGAUCAGUUUCAGUUCUGGCUUUUGUGAGCCCCCCAAUCUUUUUGGUUUCGAAAGCUCUUCUGGGUAACCUCUGAUUGCUGUUUUCUCUUUGAUUUCAUCGCCAUGGAAGCUAUUGUUCUCAAACCAAAGCUUCCUUCUCAACUGGGUGGUGGUUGGUUUUGCAGGAAACAGAGGAAAUAGAAGUACACCUUUUUUGCUUUUGGGGUAACAAUCAUAUAUAUCUUUUGGCACCAUUCUAGAAAUUCCACGGUUGAAGUUUUCCUAUCCAUUCAAAACUAUUAGGAAAAUCUAUGAUUCUGUACUCAAAACACUAUUAAAACCCUGCUUUAAUUUGAAGCUCUUAAACCCUUUUUUUUUUUUUUUUAACAAGUUUGAGACUUCAUUAUGAAGAAUUAUGGUGGUGGGUUUAUUAUUAUUUCUACAAAUACGAGGCUUUUUGCUGUUGUACAACUGUUUGCUUUGGCAUGGCUAUCUUUUGCUGGUUUUGUUUACUGCCAAAAGCCGACGAGUGUGCGUAUUGGAGCGGUUUUUACUUUUAAUUCGGUUGUAGGCAAAGUUGCAAAGGCUGCAAUCGAAGCUGCAGUCUCUGAUGUUAAUGAGGAUCCAAGAAUACUUAAUGGAACAAAACUGAAGCUAGUUGAGGAAGAUACAAAUUCUAGCGUCUUCUUGGGUUCCGUUGGAGCUUUUCAGGUACUUGAGGAAGGAGUAGUGGCCAUAAUUGGCCCACAGUCCUCCUCAAUGGCUCAUAUGAUUUCUGAAAUUGCUAAUGGUCUCCAAGUUCCUCUUAUCUCAUAUGCGGCAAGUGAUCCUACUCUGUCUGCCCUCCAAUUCCCUUUCUUUGUCCGAACAACACAAAGUGAUGCCUACCAAAUGGCUGCGAUGGCUAAUCUGAUAGAAUUUUAUGGGUGGAAAGAGGUGAUUGUGAUAUAUGAGGAUGAUGAUCAUGGGAGGAAUGGCAUAUUUGCUUUUGAGGAUGAACUUGAGAAGAACAGAUUGAGAAUGGCCUACAAAUUGCCUCUUUCUAUCCAACUAAAUCCAAGUGAGAUCACUGAUGUGCUCAAUAAAUCCAAGCUACUUGGGCCUCGUGUUUAUGUUGUUCAUGUCAAUCCUGACCCCAGCUUGAGAGUCUUUGCCAUUGCCCAAAAACUUCAAAUGAUGACCAGUGAUUAUGUGUGGUUUGCCACAGACUGGCUUUCUUCUACUAUAGAUUCAUUAUCUCCAAUCAAUCCAACCUCACUUGGUGUCCUUCAAGGUGUCGUUGUACUACGUCAACAUAUUCCAGAUUCCAGCCAGAAGCGGGCUUUUGUGUCUAGGUGGAAAAGAAUGCUGCAGAAAGGUUCAGUAAGCUCUGGUUUGAAUACCUAUGGACUAUAUGCUUAUGAUACAGUUUGGACAGCUGCAAAUGCAAUUGAUAAUUUUAUAAAGGAAUCCGGAAAUAUGUCAUUCUCUUAUAAUGAAAAACUAGUUGAGACUAAUGACUCUGAAAUUCAGCUAGGGAAGCUCAAAGUCUUUGAUGGGGGAUCUCUUCUUCUUAGGAAAUUAUUAGAGUCAAACUUCAAUGGUUUGACAGGUCAUGUUCGAUUUGAUCAAGACCGUAACAUCAUUGGUGGUGGCUAUGAAGUGAUCAAUAUUGACAAGAUGAUUAUUCAUACAGUUGGUUUCUGGACUAAUAAUACAGGAUUUUCAGUUUCUGCCCCAGAAACUUUAAAAGGGAAAAAGCAAAGUUAUUCGCCACUAGAUCAGAAGCUUCUCAAUGUUACUUGGCCUGGUGGAAAGGUGGAAAAGCCACGUGGUUGGGUGAUUGCAAACAAUGACAAACCUUUAAGAAUUGGAGUGCCAAAGAGAGCAAGUUUUAUUGAAUUUGUUACAGAAUACAGCAACCAUACAUUUCAAGGAUACUGUAUUGAUGUGUUCUUGGAAGCAAGGAAGUUAGUCCCAUAUGAUAUUCCUUACAAAUUUGUGUCUUUUGGGGAUGGCCGGUCCAAUCCUAAUUACGAUCAGUUCGUGAAAAUGGUUGCAGAUAAUGUAUUCGAUGCUGCUGUUGGAGACAUUGCAAUUGUGAAAAACCGGACAAUGAUUGCGGAUUUUUCUCAGCCUUAUAUUUCCACUGGUCUUGUGAUAGUGGCACCAACCAACAAUGCAAAGCCAAGUGCUUGGGUGUUUCUCAGACCUUUUACAUUGGAGAUGUGGUGUGUCACUGCAGCUUCUUUUGUAGUUAUUGCAGUUGUUAUCUGGAUUCUUGAGCAUCGGGUCAAUGAUGAUUUUCGUGGUCCACCUAAAAGGCAGCUCAUUACGAUGUUUCUGUUUAGCUUCUCAACACUGUUCAAGAGAAAUCAAGAAAACACUGUGAGCCCACUUGGGCGGAUGGUGAUGGUGGUAUGGCUUUUCAUAUUAAUGGUCAUCACAUCAAGCUAUACGGCGAGCUUGAGUUCAAUCCUUACAGUUCAGCAACUUUCAUCACCCAUCACAGGACUUGAUAGUUUGAUUGCAAGUAAUUUGCCUAUAGGGUACCAAACAGGCUCCUUUACUUAUAACUAUCUGGUUGAGAACCUUUUCAUAUCCAGGUCAAGACUUGUUUCUUUAGGCUCCCCAGAAGAGUUUGAAAAAGCACUGCAGCAAGGGCCAUCUGGUGGAGGGGUGGCUGCUAUUAUAGAUGAGCUUCCAUAUGUUAACGCAUUUCUGUCAAAGCAUACUGAUUUUGGGAUUAUUGGACAACCAUUUACCAGGGGUGGAUGGGGGUUUGCUUUUCAAAGAGGGUCUCCCCUUGCUGUUGACAUAUCUACUGCAAUCUUGAAACUCUCUGAGACUGGACAGCUUCAGAAUAUCCAAACAAAAUGGUUUUGUGAGAUGGGCUGUCCCGACAAAGUGACGUCGGACUCUGACACUAACCAACUCAGAUUGAUUAGCUUCUGGGGUCUUUAUCUAUUAUGUGGUGCCUUUAGUCUUGUUGCCUUUAUAAUAUUUCUGCUACGAAUGGUUUACCUAUUUGUACGUUACAAACGUCAGCAGGUACACCAUCCGCAGGUAAACGAAUCUCCUGCUUUACCCACAGUUUUAUCAAGUGGUCAAUGUUCUGAGGCCCUUUUUAACUUUAUCGAUUUCGUUGAUAAGAAGGAAGAAGCUAUUAAAAAGAUGUUUAGUAACUCUGAAGGGCCUCAAGUUCAGGCAGCCCAGGCUGAUAAAUCUGUAAAUGUGUCAUCGAGGGCUCAAAACGAUAAGCCUUAACCUAUUUGUAAACUAAAUAUGAUAUUGAGUAUAGAUAAGUAAUUUUUUUUUUUUCUUUGUAUGUAUGCGGUCAUUUGUUACACAAGCAAACCUGUAGAGCAUGUAUGUAUAAAUUUCCCUUUGUAUAUCAAAAAUGAAAUAGCAGUACUUUUCCUCUUUUUGACUCA